GCUGUGUAUGGCGCAGACGGAAAACUUGACCCCUCCUUUCUGAAGAGUGUUCAGGCAUUCAAGUUCAACAACUCUGAACCUGCGUCCAGGGUUUCCGCUACACUUAACUUGUGUUAUCACCAGUGUGUCGUUCUUGCCACACGCCCAAUCCUCAUGUGUCUCUUACAAGACGUUCUAAAAAGGCGAGGAAAUUUGAACAGAGGCCUAGCGAGCCCAAUCAAAGCACUCUUAAAGACAUCGUCAGACUCAGCAAACAAAUCACUUCGGAUUCUAUCAACACUACAUUCACAGCACCUACUAGAGUCUUUCCUCCCCUUUGACUUAGAGCAGGCGUUCUCAUCGGCUUUCGUCCUGACUUUGAUGACCUCCAUGCCUGGUCUCUCCGAACGAGAUAACAACUAUAUGCAAACUACGACUAACAUACUCGAUACGAUGAUUGCGCGCGGUAACGUUGUGGCUCGCUGCCGGAAGGAAGAGCUCGAAAAGCUCCAAGAGAUGCUGUGUCUCGCUCAACGUCAACUCCACGCUCCACCGUCAGUUGCCGGUGACGGUAGCAGCAGCAUGCAGAUUGAGAAUCAGUCUUCACUGCGCAAAAACGCUCGAGACCUGUCAUCAUCGACUGAACAAUCCAUAGAGGCCGGCCCGGCUACUGGCAGCACAACAAAUGGGCUCGCUUCAGAACAAAUGCUGUCCAUAGCGGGCUUGCUCGAUUGGGAACCGAACAUAACCGCUUUCGACGACGAUCAGCUCGCGGGGAGUUGGUUAUGGACCGAGGCGAUUGCCCCAGAUUUUGAUUUUAGCGGGGGCUUGCUAUAA